AUGGCGAUGGGUGUGAAGACCCCAGUCAGCUCCGGCCACUGCUUGCUCUCUCUGCUGAUGCUCAAGAGCUGCUGGCUGCUAGGCUCCACAUCCCAGAAGCCCGUCGUAUCUGUGGACUCCCCGCAGCUCCAGCAGGAGUAUGCCCACUCUAUCCGGCUGGAUGGCGACAUCAUCCUGGGUGGCUUGUUCCCUGUGCAUGCUCGCGGUGAGAGGGGCGUGCCUUGUGGCGAGCUGAAGAAAGAAAAGGGCAUCCACAGGCUGGAGGCAAUGCUGUUCGCCAUCGACCUCAUCAACAAGGAUCCAGAGCUGCUACCCAACGUUACGCUUGGGGCACGAAUUCUGGACACGUGUUCCCGUGACACCUAUGCUCUGGAGCAGUCACUCACCUUUGUCCAGGCACUCAUUGAGAGGGAUGGAUCUGAUGUGCGCUGCACUAAUGGUGACACGCCCAUCUUUGCCAAACCAGAUAAGGUGGUGGGCGUCAUUGGGGCGUCAGCCAGCUCUGUGUCGAUCAUGGUGGCCAACAUCCUGCGACUGUUCAAGAUUCCUCAGAUUAGCUACGCUUCAACAGCUCCAGAGCUCAGCGACAACACUCGCUACGACUUCUUUGUGCGCGUGGUCCCUCCAGACUCCUACCAGGCUCAGGCCAUGCUGGACAUUGUGACGGCGAUGGGCUGGAACUACGUCUCGACGCUUGCCUCUGAGGGAAACUAUGGCGAGAGCGGUGUGGAAGCCUUCGUCCAGAUCUCCAGGGAGUCAGGUGGGGUCUGCAUCGCCCAGUCUCUGAAGAUUCCUCGGGAGCCGAGAUCCGGCGAGUUCGACAAGAUCAUCCUCCGUCUGCUGGAGACACCCACUGCCCGUGCUGUCAUUAUGUUUGCCAAUGAGGACGACAUCCGGCGAAUCCUGGAUGCAGCGAAACGCAACAACCUGACGGGCCAUUUCCUGUGGGUGGGCUCUGACAGCUGGGGCUCUAAGAUCUCUCCGGUGGUCCAGCAGGAGCGGGUGGCCGAGGGCGCAAUCACCAUCCUCCCCAAGAGGGCGUCUGUGGAAGCAUUCGACCGUUACUUCAAGAGCCGUUCACUUUCCAACAACCGCAGGAACGUCUGGUUUGCCGAGUUCUGGGAGGAAAAUUUCAGCUGUAAGCUGGGGAUGCACGGCAAAAGACCAGGCAGCCCCAAGAAAUGUACAGGGUUGGAGAAAGUCGGCCGUGACUCCACCUACGAGCAGGAGGGGAAAGUGCAGUUUGUGAUGGACGCUGUGUAUGCCAUGGCCCACGCUCUGCACCACAUGCACCGCGAGCUCUGCGCCGGAUCCCCCGGGCUGUGUCCGCGUAUGGCCAACAUCGAUGGCAAGGAACUGCUGGCUCACAUCUGCACCGUUAACUUCAAUGGAAGUGCAGGGACUCCUGUCAUCUUUAACAAGAAUGGCGAUGCCCCUGGACGCUAUGACAUCUUCCAGUAUCAGAUCAACAACGGGUCGACAGCAGAGUACAAGGUCAUCGGACACUGGACCAAUCAGCUGCAUCUAUAUAUGGAGGCCCUGCAGUGGACCUCUGGCGACUCCCCUCUUCCCACCUCCGUCUGCAGUCGGCCCUGUCAGACUGGCGAAAGGAAGAAGGUGGUGAAGGGCGUCCCGUGCUGCUGGCACUGCGAGCGCUGUGAGGGAUACCACUUCCAAGCCAGCGAGUUCACCUGCGAGAUCUGCCCCUACGAGAAGAGACCAGACCAGAAUCGCACUGGCUGCCAGUCCAUCCCAAUCAUCAAACUGGAGUGGCACUCGCCCUGGGCUCUUGUGCCCAUCUUCAUCUCCAUCCUGGGGAUCAUUGCCACUACCUUCGUCAUCGCUACCUUUGUCCGCUACAACGACACCCCCAUCGUGCGUGCCUCUGGGCGGGAGAUGAGCUAUGUACUUCUGACAGGUAUCUUCCUGUGCUACAUCAUCACCUUCCCCAUGAUCGCUGCACCUGAUGUCGUCGUCUGCUCUUUCCGCCGCAUCUUUCUCGGCCUCGGCAUGUGCUUCAGCAAUGCUGCGCUGCUCACCAAGACAAACCGCAUCCACCGCAUCUUUGAGCAGGGCAAGAAGGCAGUGACGGCACCGCGCUUCAUCUCACCUGCCUCCCAGCUAGUCAUCACCUUCUCACUCAUCUCAGUCCAGCUGCUGGGCGUCCUAAUGUGGUUCACUCUCGACCCACCGCACACCUUUGUGGAUUACGGGGAGCAGCGCACACAGGAUCCUGAGAACGCACGUGGCGUGCUCAAGUGUGACAUAUCUGACCUGUCCCUCAUCUGCUCUCUGGGAUACAGCAUCCUCUUGAUGGUCACGUGCACCGUAUAUGCCAUCAAGACACGUGGCGUGCCAGAGACCUUCAACGAGGCCAAACCCAUUGGAUUUACUAUGUACACAACCUGCAUCAUCUGGCUUGCGUUCAUCCCCAUCUUCUUUGGCACAGCACAGUCGGAAGAGCGGAUGUACAUCCAGACGGCCACGCUGACCAUCUCCCUCAGCCUCAGCGCCUCCGUCUCUCUGGGCAUGCUCUACAUGCCAAAGGUUUACAUCAUCAUUUUCCACCCUGAGCAGAACGUCCCGAAACGCAAGCGCAGCUUCAAGGCCAUCGUCACCGCCGCCACCAUGACCAGCAAGCUGUCACAGCUGGCAGCGGAGCGGCCCAACGGUGAGGUGAAGACGGAGCUGUGUGAGGGCGUGGAGGCCAGCGUGCCUCCAACAAAAACCACCUACGUCAGCUACACCAACCACGCCAUGUGAGGGAAAGAUGCCUCUGAGACUAGGACGUCCUUAACAGGGAGUUUUCUGUCAGACAGAGGAGGUGUCACCAGAGUCAGGACAGAGAUGCUCUGCAUAAUGUGAAGGAACAGAGCAACUGACAAAUUGAACCAACAAGUGUGUGGUGUCUUUGUGUUUACAGACAGCAAGCGUGUACGGCACCAAACACCAGAGAGGAUCCCAACUAAAAACCAUCUGAGAGACGCGAGGAAGCAGGAGUAUGGUAACCUGAAAAACAAAAAAAGUCCUCAUAAAGAAAUACAAAAAAAGAAAUAAUGGAGACCAACCGUAUUUGUUGUUAUUCUAAUUGUACGUAAAAAAAAAUUGUGGUUGUGAAAACUUCUGAUUCUUGUCUCAUGUCGUGCGUCCGUCGACCUGCAUUAUGGGAUGAGUCCGUCGGUGUUCUCGGGUAACUGAACUGUAGCUUUUGGUUGUGAAAUGUCUAAAUGCCAUGGUUGAACUGAAGCAUGCUACUUUUGAUACAAAUGAUCUAUUU